AACAUGAAAACAGUCCCGUGUGUCAAGAUGGCGCCCAACCCGCCAGCUGUGUGUGUGGAACCUUCAAGAGUGGCUGAAGGGAAGGUGAUAUCUUGUCCCUUUCUCGUGUGUUGCGGGGCGGCAGGCGUCCAGCGCGGCAAUCAUGUGUGGUAUCUUCGCUUACCUAAAUUACCUCUCCCCGAAGAGCCGUGCUGAGAUUAUCGAACUGCUCAUCCGUGGUCUGGAGCGCCUUGAGUACCGCGGCUACGACUCCGCCGGAAUAGGAAUAGAUGGUGUGAACUCUGGACUUACAUUGGUGAAGCAGACAGGGAAGGUGAAGUGCCUGAGGGACAAGAUUGAGGCCCAGCAAGACUCUCUGGACUUCGGCCGUGAGUUGGACAUCCACGCUGGCAUUGCGCACACACGCUGGGCCACGCACGGUGUUCCCUCUGACAUCAACUCGCAUCCCCAGCGCUCCGAUUUGGACAACGAGUUCAUUGUUGUCCAUAAUGGCAUCAUCACUAACUACAAGGAUGUGAAGCAGUUCCUUAUCCAGAAGGGCUUCAAGUUUGAGUCUGAUACUGACACGGAAAUCAUUGCCAAGCUGAUCAAGCACCUGCGUGACCUCCACCCGACCUACUCCUUCAGGGAACUGGUCGAACAAGUGAUCCAGCAGUUGGAGGGAGCUUUUGCCCUGGCUUUCAAGAGCAAGUACUUCCCUGGUGAGCUUGUGGUGACCCGCCGUGGCUCACCACUUCUCGUUGGAAUCAAGACCAAGGAGAAGCUUGCCAGUGACCACAUCCCAGUCCUGUACAGCAAGGACGGGUGCGAGUUUGGUGGGCGGAGUCUGGCCAGCAGAGAGAGAGAUUGCCCUGAGAAAGUUGACUUACAAGACUUGGAAGGCCUCCCCCCCAAGGAAGCUGAAGGCUCAGCAGAUCACCGCUCCCACGUGUAUGAGUUGCCACAUGGGCUGGCCCGAACUGAGUCCACUGCAGAGUUCCUUCCCCUUGGAGAUGACAGAGAGGUGGAGUACUUCUUUGCCUCUGAUGCAUCGGCUAUCAUUGAACACACUAACAGGGUCAUUUAUCUCCUGGAUGAUGAUGUGGCCAGCGUGGACAACGAGGGCAUCCUGAAGAUCCACCGUCUGAAGAGAAGCCUGGAGGACUCACAUGCCCGAGAGAUUACCACCCUUAAGAUGGAGAUUCAGCAGAUCAUGAAGGGCAACUUUUCCUCCUUCAUGCAGAAAGAGAUUUUUGAGCAGCCCGAGUCUGUUGUGAACACCAUGAGAGGCCGCAUCAACUUUGACAAUGAGACUGUGGUCCUGGGAGGCAUCAAGGAGCACCUGGGUGAGAUUCGUCGGUGCCGUCGCCUGCUACUCAUCGCUUGUGGCACCUCCUACCACUCCACCAUCGCCACCCGCCAGCUGCUGGAGGAACUGACCGAGUUGCCUGUCAUGGUGGAUCUUGCCUCAGAUUUCCUGGACCGAAACACUCCCAUCUUCCGUGACGACGUGUGCUUCUUUGUGUCCCAGUCUGGAGAAACAGCUGACACUCUUCUGGCUCUCAGGUACUGCAAGCAGCGUGGCGCCCUCAUCGUUGGCAUCACCAACACUGUCGGCUCCUCCAUCUGCCGAGAGAGUCACUGCGGCGUCCACAUCAAUGCCGGGCCGGAGAUUGGUGUAGCAUCCACCAAGGCAUACACUUCCCAGAUGAUCUCUUUGGUUAUGUUUGCUCUCAUGAUGUCUGAGGAUCGCAUCUCAUCCCAGCCAAGGCGGUCCGAGAUCAUCCAGGGCCUCCGUGCUCUCCCUGACCAGAUUAAGGAGGUGCUGAGCCUUGACUCAAAGAUUCAGGAGAUCAGCAGGAGUGUGUUUGAGAAGAAGUCCCUGCUGGUGCUGGGACGAGGAUACAACUAUGCCACCUGUCUGGAGGGAGCUUUGAAAAUCAAGGAGAUCACGUACAUGCACAGUGAGGGAAUCCUGGCCGGGGAGCUGAAGCACGGUCCUCUUGCCCUGGUGGAUGAGGGAAUGCCCAUCAUCAUGAUCUGUACCCGAGAUAAUGUGUUUGUGAAAUGUAUGAAUGCACUGCAGCAAGUAACAGCCAGGGAGGGAAGACCUAUCCUGAUUUGCAACAAGGGAGAUGAGGAGCCCCAGAAGUAUGCCUCAAAGGUCCUGGAAGUGCCCAAGACCGUUGACUGCCUCCAGGGACUCCUCACAGUCAUCCCCCUCCAACUGCUGUCCUACCAUGUGGCUGUUCUCAAGGGAUGCAAUGUUGACUGUCCUCGCAACCUUGCUAAGUCUGUAACUGUGGAGUAAGGCAGUAUGGAGCAAAUGUGUGUGUGUGUGUGUGUGUGUGUGUGUGUGUGUGUGUGUGUGUGUGUGUGUGUGUGUGUGUGUGUGUGUGUGUGUGUGUAGUCUGUUCCAGCUUUUCUUUAGGAGCAGGACUUCCCAGUGUUAGUGUGUUGUUGUACAUUUUAUACUUUAUAAGACACAUUGGGGAUAACUUGUUGAUGAUGGUGAGCAUUUUACAUGUGAUUCGUGGAUGGGAUGUGUUGCACUGGUGUAUUCAGGGGUCUGUUCAUUGAGGCUUUUGUAUCUCUGGCUGCUGUCUUCUUGGUGAGUGAGAAACAAUGUACAGUAUUUCAAGAGGUGAAUAGUGUAUGAGUCACUGCCUUAUCCCAAGUCAGAUAUCCACACAUCCAAAAUGGCUGCUAUCAGCUCAGGCAGGCUGUUUUGAAGGUUAUUAUGGUACUUAAUCCCUUCACUGCUACAACUUUUGGGGACUUAUUUUUGUAUUAGUCUCUUAAAUGGUUAAGUAGCCUAGAAAGGAUGAAAUUAACCUCCUGCUCUCUCUCUCUCUCUUCUUUUUCUUAUAUCAUGAUAGUAAUUUCCCUACAAUGUUCUCAAUUCAAGCAAAGGACGACUGCAGCAGUGAAAUGGAUUGAUCUUUAAUUCAGACAGGUGUUGAGAUGCUGAACACUGCCUUUAAAGAGACAUUUCAGUGUGUUCAUUCAGCCUUAUGUAGCCUUGUGUGGAGGUCCUUAAGUAGCCACUUGAAGCAGCAGUGCCUGCUCCCUCCAGCCUCCCAGACCAAUGUUUGAUUCAUGCUAAGGCUCUGCACAAAUCAAACUCAGACGUGAAUGACACACUCUAACAUUCCUUGCUUAAUGCACGACAGCCUUUAGUCAUGCCUGGAUUCUGUUCCUUGUAAUACUGUUGUGGAGUUGAUUGGUGUCAGUCUUGCAGAACAAACUACUUUUCUGAUAAGUAAUACUGUCUAUUUCCUUGUCAUGUGUGUUUUGUUACUGUUACAGUUGUAACUUCCAUAGUCAGGGAGGAGCUAGCAUGUGGCAGGUAAAGGUCAUGUAAGCAUAGCAACAGUAUUAACAUGUGAUUGUGAAAUGUGUGACUUUAUUCAAUAGAACAGACUAGUUUUGCCUGUCACACUGAGACAACUGUGAAUCUGAAAAUUACCUUCCUUUUUAUCUUGUUGCCAAACAGAGGCACCUUUCCUGACAUGUUCCCUGGGCAAGUCACGGAGUGUCUAUACUGAUCCGUGCUCUCUGUUGCCUCUGUGCAUCUCAUGACACACUGGUCACUGCUGGCAAUCCCUUUGUGUGAUUUCUUGCUUCCUUGUUUCAUUUCUUGCUAUGUUGGUUUUCCUCUUCUCUCUUUUUUUGGGGAGAGUUUGUUCUCUAUGGUGGCCCUUGUGAUCUGCAAAGCUAGGUGGUUAACUGUGAUUUAUUCUUGUUUGUCACUCCUGCACAUUUUGUUUCUGUCUUCUCUUCUAUAAAUUUUGAUUUCUAUUCUUUUGUUUUUCUAAUGUGUUAGAAAUCAUUCAGACUUUAUAUCUCACAUUUUUUAGUUAUCUUCCGUAGUGUUUAGCCCUUUCUAUUUUAUUUCUGGUGUUUUUUUCUUUUUAUUACUUAUGUGUUUAUUAUGCUCAGACUUUUCUGUUUUCUCAUGUUUUGCAUUUAUGUUCUUUUCUUUACUAUAAUAUAUUUCCAUCUGCAGAAACUGUAUAGCUUCAUUCUAUUCUUUUUACUAGGAAUGCUGAAGUUGUAGCUAUAUGGCUCAAAAUGCUUUUCCUCCCAGUGUGCCACAUCUUCAUUCUUCCUGCAAAGCAAAAUCUUCCUUAUCACACCCACCUUUGCAUUCCCUCAGCAUUGUGUCCGUAUUACAGUGCUGCUAUGAACCUUGAUCCUUUCUGCUUCUCAGUGUCCUUUCUCUCCUGCUUUGGAACAUUACUGUUCAUAACACAUGUUUAGCGGACAUGGAAAAUAUAAAGGAGACUGCAAGAGACAUUCCUUCCGUUCAUGCAGAUCAAACCUUGCAUCAGUAAUGAGUUUUGUUAUUUUCUUACACAAAGCUGUUUUCCCUUCAUCAAGCCUUUUGUUAAAGUGGGAGCUGAAUAAAUUCCGGCAUACUU